AUGCGAAAUCACACAAUAAUUACAGAGUUUGUGCUCCUGGGCAUAUCAGACAGCCCAGAGCUUCAGGUUGUGAUUUUUAUCUUUUUAUUUUUAACUUACAUACUGAGUGUCACUGGAAACCUAACCAUCAUCAUCCUCACCUUGACAGACUCACAUUUAAAGACCCCUAUGUAUUACUUCCUUCGGAAUUUCUCCUUCUUAGAAAUUACAUUCACCAGUGUAUCCAUUCCCAGAUUCUUGGGAUCAAUCGUGACCAAAGUCAAGACCAUUUCCUAUAACAAUUGCUUGGCUCAGUUGUUUUUCUUCAUCUGCAUGGGUGUGUCUGAAUUUUUCCUUCUCACUGCCAUGUCUUAUGAUCGUUAUGUUGCCAUCUGCAAGCCUCUCCAUUACACCACCAUCAUGAAUAAGAAAAUUUGCACCCUCCUUGUCUUCAGUUCGUGGCUGGGAGGAUUUCUGACGAUUUUCCCACCACUCAUGCUUGUCCUCAAGUUGGAUUUCUGUGCUUCCAAUGUCAUUGAUCACUUCUCGUGUGACUAUUUCCCAAUUUUACAACUCUCAUGCUCAGAUACACGGCUUUUGGAGAUGAUUGGCUUUUACUUCGCCUUCGUCACGCUGCUGUUCACACUGGCGUUAGUGAUCCUGUCCUACAUAUGCAUCAUUAGCACCAUUCUGAGGAUCCCCUCUGACACUCAGAGGAAGAAGGCUUUUUCCACCUGUUCCUCCCAUAUGAUUGUCAUCUCCAUUUCUUACGGAAGCUGCAUAUUCAUGUAUGUGAAGCCUUCGGCCAAGGAAAGAGCAUCAUUGACCAAAGGAGUUGCCAUUCUUAACACGUCAAUCGCUCCUAUGUUGAACCCUUUUAUUUAUACCCUGAGGAACCAGCAAGUGAAAGAAGCUUUCAGAAACUUUAUUCAUAAAGUCGUGUUCUAUAGAAACAAAUAA